AUGUCACCAGUCACCUCACUCUGCAGAGUUGGCUGGAUACGAUGCUUAAAUCCUAUUGUUCCAGUCUAUUCCUCUUUCCCGCUCCUCGGCUUACAGUCUCGGUGCUUGUCUCAGCACCUGUCUCAACAUUUGAUCGCAGGCUCGCCUGGAUACCGUAAUUUUUCGAACUCACCAUCUCUUUACAAGAAGAGAGAGAAAUCGAACCCCUCUACCAGCACGAAUAACGAGGAGAGUGUCCCCAAAACUGCACCUUCUGAUGACCCUUACGACCUUUCCCAGCUGCAUAAUGGCAUCGCCGCUGCUUUGUCCAACCUGAAGGAUGAUCUCUCCAAGUUACGCGGUGGUGGACGCUUUGAUACAAACUCCAUUGAGAGCCUUCGUGUGAAACUGAGCAGAGCGAGCAAAGAGACCCUGAGACUCGGAGAUCUCGCCCAAGUGAUACCGAAGGGUGGACGCAUGGUCACCGUCCUAGCUGCAGAAGAGGAUCACGUAAAACCAAUAAUUUCGGCAAUCAUUUCCUCCGAUCUGUCUUUGACCCCUCAAGCCGAUUCUCACAACGCUCUGCAACUCAAUAUCCCUAUCCCACCUCCCACCAAAGAAUCCCGGGACCAAGCGAUCACCAUGGCUAAAAAAGCAAUGGAAAGAGCGGCUGCCGCAGUGCGCGAUUCAAGAGGCCUUGUACACAAACGGCUCCAAGAUAUGCAGAAAAAGAAAACCGCUAGGCCGGAUGAUGUCCGGAAGGCACAGGAACAAAUGGAAAAGGUAUCAGAGAAAGGGCAGAAAGACGUGAAAGAACUCCUCGAAGCAGCCAAGAAGGCCAUGGAAAGAGCGUAA